UUUAUAUUGUUUACAAGAGAUAAACACAGAAUUUUAUCAAAUAUAAAUUUUCGCUGAUUUCAAACGUUUCUUAUUAUCUUUGAUUUGAAAACCAACAAGUGUAAAAUAACAAAAGAAAUAAUGAUAAAGGAUAGUUCACCCAAAGAUCCAGACACGAUUACAUUAGACAUGGAUGUUACGGAGAGUCAAGAGAUACCAAUAACAUCACAAGAGUCAGAAAAUACAGAAGACAAAGAGCGAAAAGUAGAAAUGGACUCAAAUACAACGAAUAACUACGUCGUAUACGAGUAUUUAGGACAAAAUAUUAGGCCAAAUAAAGUUAUAUGGGUUCAAUAUGGUGGUGAAUAUGGCCCUGAAGGUGGUGGAGGUGGUGGUGGUGGUUUUGCUUAUGAACCAUCCAGAAACUCAUUUAUACGGCUAGUCUUUGGGAUUGUGUUGUUCAUGCUAAUAUGUACUGCGGGGUUUAAUGUACUGGUGCAUCUUUUGCCACCUCUUCGUAGCAUGUUUGAGAGGUUUGGCUUCUUUUUUGUCAUUGGCGCCAUGAUUUUCAUGAUUGGUUUAAGCUGCUCGAUAUCUUUCUGUCGCUGCGCAAGGGUUCCGCCUGGCAGUUACAUUUGCCUCUUCCUAGCCGUCGUCGGGAUGAGUGUCAUAACCUCAUGGUUCACGGUAAAAGCAAAAACUAUUUUAAUCGUGUACGCUCUGAUUGGGACAACUGUGACGGUUCUUGUUUGUAUUCUAAUUGCGUGUUCUUCGUUCGAUUUCACACGUUUUUGGAUCUAUAUUAUAGUAGCGGCUACAGUUUUCGCCGUUUUGUCCAUGUUGCUCACGAUAGGCAUGUUCAUAUUUGAUUUUUACAUUAAGCCUCUUCACAUAGUCAUCCUCUUUGUAGGUACCCUUUUUAGUGUUGUGAUACUCAUAGCAGAGCUUCAAAUGAUUAUCGGUGGGAAAAGCAUGGAAAUAGACGAAGAAGACUAUGCGCUUGCAGCGUUUAUGGUGUACACAUCCAUUGUCGAUAUAUUCAUAAGAUUGUUAAUGUUGUCCGAUUUGUUAAGUUGACCAUAGGUAUUUCAAUAUUCGUGUCUUUUUCGUGUAAAUCUGAUAGAGUUAAAUAAUAUAAACAAGAAAACUCAUAUUUGAAAGAAGAAUCUGGACAACGUAUCGGAGUGGCUUUAGAAAAAAGCUACGGCUACGCUUUGAA